CUGCAAGCUGCAUCAGGCUUUAUCCUACGUGUUCCUUUGGUGAACCAGGUUCACUUAAACUUGCAAAAAGAUGACCGAUCUCUUGAGAAGUGUUGUCACAGUCAUUGAUGUUUUCUACAAAUAUACCAAGCAAGAUGGAGAGUGUGGCACACUGAGCAAGGAUGAGCUAAAGGAACUUCUGGAGAAAGAGUUUCGUCCAAUUCUGAAGAACCCAGAUGAUCCAGACACAGUGGAUGUUAUCAUGCACAUGCUAGAUCGAGAUCAUGACCGAAGACUGGACUUUACUGAGUUUCUUCUGAUGGUAUUCAAGCUGGCUAUGGCCUGCAACAAGGUUCUCAGCAAGGAAUACUGCAAAGCUUCAGGGUCAAAGAAGCAUAGGCAUGGUCAUCAACACCAAAAGGAAGAAAGUGAAACAGAAGAGGAAGAAGAAGAUACACAGGGAUGGAAAUCAGGUUACAGACAUUCAAGUUGGAGUGAGGGAGAGGAGCAUGGAUAUGGUUCUGAGGGCUUAAGGGGAAGAGUGAAACAUAGACAUGGAUCAAACUCCAGGAGGCUGGGAAGGCAAGGUGGUUUAUCUAGCUCAGGAAACCAAAAGCAACUUGAGAAAAGACGCCAUGGGUCCAGCUCUGGUCAUUCAUGGAGUAGUGGCAAAGAAAGACAUGGCUCCAGCUCUGGAGAACGGGAGGAAAGAAGAAAUAAGUCAUAUGUUAGCCCCUCUAGGGAAUCUGAGAAGGAAUAUGAAUCUGGAUCUGAAUCAAAGAGUGGGAGAAGGAAAGGUCAUAGUAGUCUGUCACAUGGAUUGGAUGCUAGUGGACACAAAUCAAACUCUACUCAGUCAAGAAAGAGUGGAGGACAAAAGCUUGGAUCUAGCUCUAGAGGUUCAGGAGACAGGGGAAGCCAAAACUAUGCAUGUGGUUCCAGCAAUUCAGGUGGGUGUGGAAAGCCACAAAAUGCUUCUAGUUCUUGUCAGGAAGGUAGAUUUGGAGGGCAAGGAAAUCAAUAUAGCUGUACCCAAUCAGGUUAUCAAUCAGGAAGUAGUGGAGGACAAGAUCAUGGAUGUAUUUCAGGAGGUCAGUCCUCUGGAUAUUGUGAACAUGAGCCUAGAUCCUGUGGCCAGUCUUCUAGUCAGAGAAAAUAUGUAUCUAGAGCAUGUGGUCAAACACAGAACGGUGGAAGACAACAGAGAACAGGUUCAAAUCAGUCCUGUUGCUGUGAACAAUAUGGGUCUGAAACAAGUCAGUCUUCUAGUUAUGGUCAACAUGGAUCUGGUUCUUGUGGACACUUUUCAAACUCUCAUCAAAAAGGAUCUGGUUCAAAUGGAUUUUCUAAAUGUGGACAACAUGGGUCUGGCUCUGGGCAGUCCUCUAGCUUUGGACAACAUGGGUCAGGCUCAGGUCAAUCCUCUGGCUGUGGACAUGGCUCUGGCUCAUGUCAGUCCUCUGGCUUUGGCCAGCAUGGGUCUGGCUCAGGUCAAUCCUCUGGUUUAUGUCAACAUGGGUCUGGCUCAGGACAGUCCUCUGGCUUUGGACAACAUGGGUCUGGCUCAGGUCAAUCAUCUGGCUGUGGACAUGGCUCUGGCUCAUGUCAGUCCUCUGGCUUUGGCCAGCAUGGGUCUGGCUCAGUUCAAUCCUCUGGCUUUGGACAACAUGGGUCUGGUUCAGGUCAGUACUCUGGUUUAGGUCAGCAUGGGUCUGGCUCAGGACAGUCCUCUGGCUUUGGACAACAUGGGUCUGGCUCAGGUCAGUCCUCUGGCUUUGGACAACAUGGGUCUGGCUCAGGUCAGUCCUCCAGUUUUGGUCAGCAUGGGUCUGGCACUGGACAGUCCUCUGGUUUUUCCUCUGGUUUUGGACAAAAUGGCUCUGGCUCAGAAAUGAAUUCCAGUUCAGGACAGUCCUCUGGUUUUGGACAACAUGGGUCUGGUGCCCAUCAAACUUCUAGCUCAGGUCAAUCCUCCAGCUUUGGAUUUGGAUCUAGCACAAAUCAGUCCCCUAGCUUUGGGACUGGCUCAGGUCAUUCGUUGGACUUUGGACAAGAAUCUACAGCACAUCAGUCUAGCUAUGGUCAACAUGGUUCCAGUUCAGGACAAUCCUCAACUUUUGGCAAUGGAUCUUGCUCAGGCAACACCUCUAAACAAGAUCAACAUGGAUCUAGCUCAAGUAAGUCAUCUAGUAAAAAUCAACGUGAGUUUAGCUCAAUUCAAUCCUCUGGCUGUGACAAUCAACAAACUAGGGUGGGUGGACAGGAAUGCUAUGGGACUAGUUCAGGAAAAGGGAGUCAACAAUGUAGAAAGUCAAUAUCACGUUCAGCUAAAAGUCAGAGAAGAGAAACAGCUAAAGGAAGACAGGGAACAACUCAUGGACAGUCAGAAGAUAGCAGUGGAUAUGCUCAGUCUGGUCAUGGACAAACCUCAAGGACAGAAUCCAGUAUAACUAGUAGGAGUAGUGUUGGAGAGUCAAGUGACAUUCAAGGGCAUUCAGGAGUCCCACAGGCACACACAGGAUCCCCUCAAGAUCAUUCCGGAACUCAACAUAGAGAGUCAGAAUCAACAGUUAAAGGGAGACAGGGAACUACCCAUAGAGAGUCAGGAGAUAUAUUUGGACAUGCCCAGUCAGGUCAUGGACAAGCCACCAGGACACAAUCCAGUAGGCCUGGUAGAAGGGAAUCUAGUGGCAGUGAGUCCAGUGACACUGAAAGGCACUCAGGUGUCCCACAGGCACACUCACGAUCCCCUCGUGGCCAGGCUGGAUCUCAACAUAGAGAGUCAGGGUCCUCAGUACAAGGAAGACAGGGAACUACACAUGGACAGUCAGGAGACACCACUACACAUGCCCAGUCGGGUCAUGGACAAGCCACCAGGACACAAUCCAGUAGGACUGGUAGAAGGGAAUCUAGUGGCAGUGAGUCCAGUGACACUGAAAGGCACUCAGGUGUCCCACAGGCACACUCAGGAUCCCCUCGUGGCCAGGCUGGAUCUCCACAUGGAGAGUCAGAGUCCUCAGUACAAGGAAGACAGGGAACUACUCAUGGACAGUCAGGAGACACUACUAGACAUGCCCAGUCUGGCCAUGGACAAGCCACCAGGACACAAUCCAGUAGGACUGGUAGAAGGGAAUCUAGUGGCAGUGAGUCCAGUGACAGUCAGGGGCACUCAGGAGUCCCACAGGCACACUCAGGAUCCCCUCGUGGCCAGGCUGGAUCUCAACAUGGAGAGUCAGAGUCCUCAGUACAAGGAAGACAGGGAACUACUCAUGGACAGUCAGGAGACACCACUACACAUGCCCAGUCUGGUCAUGGACAAGCCACCAGAACACAAUCCAGUAGGACUAGAAGAAGAGGUUCUACUGUCAGUGAGUCCAGUGACAGUCAGGGACACUCAGGAGUCCCACAGGCACACAUAGGAUCCCCUCAUGGUCAUUCUGGAUCUCAACAGGGAGACUCGGGAUCCUCAGUACAAGGGAGACAGGGAACUACCCAUAGACAGUCAGGAGAUACAGGUGGACAUGCGCACUCUGGCCAUGGACAAGCCACCAGGACACAAUCCAGCAGGACUGGUAGAAGGGAAUCUAGUGGCAGUGAGUCCAGUGACACUGAAAGGCACUCAGGUGUCCCACAGGCACACUCAGGAUCACCUCGUGGCCAGGCUGGAUCUCCACAUGGAGAGUCGGAGUCCUCAGUACAAGGAAGACAGGGAACUACUCAUGGACAGUCAGGAGACACUACUAGAACUGCGCACUCUGGCCAUGGACAAGCCACCAGAACACAAUCCAGUAGGACUAGAAGAAGAGGAUCUACUGUCAGUGAGUCCAGUGACAGUCAGGGGCACUCAGGAGUCCCACAGGCACACAUAGGAUCCCCUCAAGGUCAUUCUGGAUCUCAACAAGGAGAGUCGGGAUCCUCAGUACAAGGGAGACAGGGAACUACCCAUAGACAGUCAGGAGAAACAGGUGGACAUGCACACUCUGGCCAUGGACAAGCCACCAGGACACAAUCCAGCAGGACUGGUAGAAGGGAAUCUAGUGGCAGUGAGUCCAGUGACACUGAAAAUCACCUAGGUGUCCCAGAGACACACACAGGAUCCCCGCAUACUCAUGCUGGAUCUCAACAUCUAGAGUCAGGAUCCUCACUACAAAGGAGACAAGGAACAUCUCAUGGACAAUCAAGAGACACCACUGCACAUGCCCAGUCUGGUCAUGGACAAGCCAGCAGGACACAAUACAGUAGGAGUAGAAGAAGUGAGUCUACUGUCAGUGAGUCCAGUGACAGUCAGGGGCACUCGGGAGCCCCACAGACACACACAGGAUCCCCUCAUGAUCAGGCUGGAUCUCACCAUCCAGAACUGGGUUCCACAGUUAAAGGGAGACAGGGAAAACAUUAUGGACAGUCAGAAGAUAACAGCGCACAUGCCCACGCUGGCCAUGGACAGGCCACCGGGACACUAUCCAGAAGGACUGAUAGAAGGGAAUCUGGAGGCAGUGAGUCCAGUGACACUGAAAGGCACUCAGGAAUCCCACAAACACACACAGAAUCCCCACGUACUCACGCUGGACCUCAACAUGGAGAGUCAGGGUCCUCACUACAAGGGAGACAGGGAACUGCUCAUGGACAGUCAGGAGACACUACUAGACAUGCGCACUCUGGCCAUGGACAAGCCACCAGGACACAAUCCAGUAGGACUGGUAGAAGGGAAUCUAGUGGCAGUGAGUCCAGUGACACUGAAAGGCACUCACGUGUCCCACAGGCACACUCAGGAUCCCCUCGUGGCCAGGCUGGAUCUCCACAUGGAGAGUCAGAGUCCUCAGUACAAGGAAGACAGGGAACUACUCAUGGACAGUCAGGAGACACCACUACACAUGCCCAGUCUGGUCAUGGACAAGCCACCAGAACACAAUCCAGUAGGACUAGAAGAAGAGGUUCUACUGUCAGUGAGUCUAGUGACAGUCAGGGGCACUCAGGAGUCCCACAGGCACACAUAGGAUCCCCUCAUGGUCAUUCUGGAUCUCAACAGGGAGACUCGGGAUCCUCAGUACAAGGGAGACAGGGAACUACCCAUAGACAGUCAGGAGAUAUAGGUGGACAUGCCCACUCUGGCCAUGGACAAGCCACCAGAACACAAUCCAGUAGGACUGGUAGAAGGGAAUCUAGUGGCAGUGAGUCCAGUGACACUGAAAAGCACUCAGGAGUCCCACAGGCACACUCAGGAUCCCCUCGUGGCCAGGCUGGAUCUCAACAUGGAGAGUCGGGAUCCUCAGUACAAGGAAGACAGGGAACUACUCAUGGACAGUCAGGAGACACCACUACACAUGCCCAGUCUGGUCAUGGACAAGCCACCAGAACACAAUCCAGUAGGACUAGAAGAAGAGGAUCUACUGUCAGUGAGUCCAGUGACAGUCAGGAGCACUCAGGAGUCCCACAGGCACACAUAGGAUCCCCUCAAGGUCAUUCUGGAUCUCAACAAGGAGAGUCGGGAUCCUCAGUACAAGGGAGACAGGGAACUACCCAUAGACAGUCAGGAGAUACAGGUGGACAUGCGCACUCUGGCCAUGGACAAGCCACCAGGACACAAUCCAGCAGGACUGGUAGAAGGGAAUCUAGUGGCAGUGAGUCCAGUGACACUGAAAAUCACCUAGGUGUCCCAGAGACACACACAGGAUCCCCGCAUACUCAUGCUGGAUCUCAACAUCUAGAGUCAGGAUCCUCACUACAAAGGAGACAAGGAACAUCUCAUGGACAAUCAAGAGACACCACUGCACAUGCCCAGUCUGGUCAUGGACAAGCCAGCAGGACACAAUACAGUAGGAGUAGAAGAAGUGAGUCUACUGUCAGUGAGUCCAGUGACAGUCAGGGGCACUCGGGAGCCCCAAAGACACACACAGGAUCCCCUCAUGAUCAGGCUGGAUCUCAACAUCCAGAACUGGGUUCCACAGUUAAAGGGAGACAGGGAAAACAUUAUGGACAGUCAGAAGAUAAAAGCGCACAUACCCACGCUGGCCAUGGACAAGCCACCAGGACACAAUCCAGUAGGACUGGUAGAAGGGAAUCUAGUGGCAGUGAGUCCAGUGACACUGAAAGGCACUCAGGUGUCCCACAGGCACACUCAGGAUCCCCUCAUGGCCAGGCUGGAUCUCAACAAGGAGAGUCAGGGUCCUCAGUACAAGGAAGACAGGGAACUACUCAUGGACAGUCAGGAGACACUACUAGAACUGCGCACUCUGGCCAUGGACAAGUCACCAGAACACAAUCCAGUAGGAGUAGAAGAAGAGGUUCUACUGUCAGUGAGUCCAGUGACAGUCAGGGGCACUCAGGAGUCCCACAGGCACAAAUAGGAUCCCGUCAAGGUCAUUCUGGAUCUCAACAAGGAGAGUCGGGAUCCUCAGUACAAGGCAGACAGGGAACUACUCAUGGACAGUCAGGAGAUACAGGUGGACAUGCCCACUCUGGCCAUGGACAAGCCACCAGAACACAAUCCAGUAGGACUGGUAGAAGGGAAUCUAGUGGCAGUGAGUCCAGUGACACUGAAAGGCACUCACGUGUCCCACAGGCACACUCAGGAUCACCUCGUGGCCAGGCUGGAUCUCCACAUGGAGAGUCGGAGUCCUCAGUACAAGGAAGACAGGGAACUACUCAUGGACAGUCAGGAGACACUACUAGAACUGCGCACUCUGGCCAUGGAGAAGCCACCAGAACACAAUCCAGUAGGACUAGAAGAAGAGGAUCUACUGUCAGUGAGUCCAGUGACAGUCAGGGGCACUCAGGAGUCCCACAGGCACACAUAGGAUCCCCUCAAGGUCAUUCUGGAUCUCAACAAGGAGAGUCGGGAUCCUCAGUACAAGGGAGACAGGGAACUACCCAUAGACAGUCAGGAGAUACAGGUGGACAUGCGCACUCUGGCCAUGGACAUGCCACCAGGACACAAUCCAGUAGGACUGGUAGAAGGGAAUCUAGUGGCAGUGAGUCCAGUGACACUGAAAGGCACUCAGGUGUCCCACAGGCACACUCAGGAUCCCCUCGUGGCCAGGCUGUAUCUCCACAGGGAGAGUCAGAGUCCUCAGUACAAGGAAGACAGGGAACUACUCAUGGACAGUCAGGAGACACUACUAGACAUGCCCAGUCUGGCCAUGGACAAGCCACCAGGACACAAUCCAGUAGGACUGGUAGAAGGGAAUCUAGUGGCACUGAGUCCAGUGACACUGAAAGGCACUCAGGAGUCCCACAGGCACACUCAGGAUCCCCUCGUGGCCAGGCUGGAUCUCAACAUGUAGAGUUGGGAUCCUCAGUACAAGGAAGACAGGGAACUACUCAUGGACAGUCAGGAGACACCACUACACAUGCCCAGUCUGGUCAUGGACAAGCCACCAGAACACAAUCCAGUAGGACUAGAAGAAGGGGAUCUACUGUCAGUGAGUCCAGUGACAGUCAGGAGCACUCAGGAGUCCCACAGGCACACAUAGGAUCCCCUCAAGGUCAUUCUGGAUCUCAACAGGGAGAGUCGGGAUCCUCAAUACAAGGGAGACAGGGAACUACCCAUAGACAGUCAGGAGAUACAGGUGGACAUGCGCACUCUGGCCAUGGACAAGCCACCAGGACACAAUCCAGCAGGACUGGUAGAAGGGAAUCUAGUGGCAGUGAGUCCAGUGACACUGAAAAUCACCUAGGUGUCCCAGAGACACACACAGGAUCCCCGCAUACUCACGCUGGAUCUCAACAUCUAGAGUCAGGAUCCUCACUACAAAGGAGACAAGGAACAUCUCAUGGACAAUCAAGAGACACCACUGCACAUGCCCAGUCUGGUCAUGGACAAGCCAGCAGGACACAAUACAGUAGGAGUAGAAGAAGUGAGUCUACUGUCAGUGAGUCCAGUGACAGUCAGGGGCACUCGGGAGCCCCACAGACACACACAGGAUCCCCUCAUGAUCAGGCUGGAUCUCACCAUCCAGAACUGGGUUCCACAGUUAAAGGGAGACAGGGAAAACAUUAUGGACAGUCAGAAGAUAACAGCGCACAUGCCCACGCUGGCCAUGGACAGGCCACCGGGACACUAUCCAGAAGGACUGAUAGAAGGGAAUCUGGAGGCAGUGAGUCCAGUGACACUGAAAGGCACUCAGGAAUCCCACAAACACACACAGAAUCCCCACGUACUCACGCUGGACCUCAACAUGGAGAGUCAGGGUCCUCACUACAAGGGAGACAGGGAACUGCUCAUGGACAGUCAGGAGACACUACUAGACAUGCGCACUCUGGCCAUGGACAAGCCACCAGGACACAAUCCAGUAGGACUGGUAGAAGGGAAUCUAGUGGCAGUGAGUCCAGUGACACUGAAAGGCACUCAGGUGUCCCACAGGCACACUCAGGAUCCCCUCUUGGCCAGGCUGGAUCUCAACAAGGAGAAUCAGGGUCCUCAGUACAAGGAAGACAGGGAACUACUCAUGGACAGUCAGGAGACACCACUACACAUGCGCACUCUGGCCAUGGACAAGCCACCAGAACACAAUCCAGUAGGACUAGAAGAAGAGGUUCUACUGUCAGUGAGUCCAGUGACAGUCAGGGGCACUCAGGAGUCCCACAGGCACACAUAGGAUCCCCUCAAGGUCAUUCUGGAUCUCAACAGGGAGAGUCGGGAUCCUCAAUACAAGGGAGACAGGGAACUACCCAUAGACAGUCAGGAGAUACAGGUGGACAUGCACACUCUGGCCAUGGACAAGCCACCAGGACACAAUCCAGCAGGACUGGUAGAAGGGAAUCUAGUGGCAGUGAGUCCAGUGACACUGAAAAUCACCUAGGUGUCCCAGAGACACACACAGGAUCCCCGCAUACUCACGCUGGAUCUCAACAUCUAGAGUCAGGAUCCUCACUACAAAGGAGACAAGGAACAUCUCAUGGACAAUCAAGAGACACCACUGCACAUGCCCAGUCUGGUCAUGGACAAGCCAGCAGGACACAAUACAGUAGGAGUAGAAGAAGUGAGUCUACUGUCAGUGAGUCCAGUGACAGUCAGGGGCACUCGGGAGCCCCACAGACACACACAGGAUCCCCUCAUGAUCAGGCUGGAUCUCACCAUCCAGAACUGGGUUCCACAGUUAAAGGGAGACAGGGAAAACAUUAUGGACAGUCAGAAGAUAACAGCGCACAUGCCCACGCUGGCCAUGGACAGGCCACCGGGACACUAUCCAGAAGGACUGAUAGAAGGGAAUCUGGAGGCAGUGAGUCCAGUGACACUGAAAGGCACUCAGGAAUCCCACAAACACACACAGAAUUCCCACGUACUCACGCUGGAUCUCAACAUGGAGAGUCAGGGUCCUCAGUACAAGGAAGACAGGGAACUACUCAUGGACAGUCAGGAGACACCACUACACAUGCCCAGUCUGGUCAUGGACAAGCCACCAGAACACAAUCCAGUAGGACUAGAAGAAGAGGUUCUACUGUCAGUGAGUCCAGUGUCAGUCAGGGGCACUCAGGAGUCCCACAGGCACACAUAGGAUCCCCUCAAGGUCAUUCUGGAUCUCAACAAGGAGAGUCGGGAUCCUUAGUACAAGGGAGACAGGGAACUACCCAUAGACAGUCAGGGGAUACAGGUGGACAUGCAAACUCUGGCCAUGGACAAGCCACCAGGACACAAUCCAGCAGGACUGGUAGAAGGGAAUCUAGUAGCAGUGAGUCCAGUGACACUCAGGGGCAUUCAGGAGUCCCACAGGUGCACUCAGGAUCCCCCCAUGGGCAGGCUGGAUCUCAACAUGGAGAGUCAGAUUCCACCACCAAAGAGAGACAGGAAUAUACUCAUAAACAGUCAGGGGACACCAGUGGACAUGCCCAAUCUGUUCAUGGACAGGCUACUAGGACACAAUCCAGGAGGGCUAGAAGAAGGGGAUCUACUGUCAGUGAGUCCAGUGACACUCAGGAAUACUCAGGAGCCCCACAGAUACACUCAGGUUCCCUCCAUGGCCAGGUUGGAUCUGAACAUCCAGAGUCAGAAUCCACAAUUAAAAGGAGACAGGGCACUAGUAAUAGACAGUCAGAGGACACCACUGGUAAUGCUUAUUCUGGUCAUGGACAAGCCACCAGGGCAGAAUCCAGUAGGACUAGAAGAAAGGGAUUUAGUGGCACUGAGUCCAGUGACACUGAAAGACAUUCAGGAGUCCCACUGACCCAAUCAGGAUCCCCUCAUGGUCAUACUGGAUCUUUACAUGGAGAGUUAGGAUCCACAAUUAGAAGGAGACAGGGAAGUACUCAUGGACAUUCAAGAGGCACCAGUGGACAUUCUGGGUCCAGUCAUAUACAGUCACAUGAAACUCAUAGGCUGUCUAAGGAUACCAUAAGGAAACAGUCACAUAGCAUUCAUCACCAAUCUAGAGUGAGUCAUUCUCAAUCACAACAUAGUGGAAAACAAAGACAUGGAUCAGAUCAAGGAUGGAAACAUGGCAGUUAUGGAAGUGCAGAAUAUGACUAUGGGCAGUCUGGGUAUGGACCUUCUGGGGGCAGCAGAACAAGCAGCCGAAAUUCUAGCCCUUUAAGGUCAUUGGAUAGAGCUGCAAACAAUCAAGUGUCUACACAUGGACAAUCAUUUUCUAGGCCUGACCAUACAGGAUCAAAAGCAACUGAAAUAAUUGGAAGACAAAGCUCAAGUCAUGGACAGUCAAUUGAUUCCCACAAUAAGUCUGGAUCCAGUGUAAAUAGAAGGCAGGGAUCUUUGCAUGGGCAUUCAAUAGUAAGUCAUGAAUCACCAGUUGACAUCCAUGUUCAAUUUGGAAGGGAGGUAUCUACUACUCAUAGGCUGUCAAGCAACCAUUCUGUAUCCAGCCAUGGACAAUUCAUAUCAGCUCUCAGCCAUCUAGAGUCUAAUUCAGCCUUAAGGCAGGAUUUUCAUAGUGAUAAUAAAGAGCAUUCAGAAGAUUGGGGGAAACAGAUUCAUGAACCAUCAGGAUCUAGGCAUGGACAGUCUGAAUUCAAUAUUAUUAGUAUCCAUAGAUCCAACCAGCAGCAUUUGGCAGAUACAACUUCUCAUGAUCAGGUAAGAUACAACACAUGUUUAGUAAGACAGGGAUCAAGUAAUAGAAAAUCAGGGGACAUCCAGGGUCAAUCUGGAUUCAGCACUAAUGAAAGCCGAGUAGAUAGCCAUGACCAAUCAAGUGACAGCUAUGGGAAGUCAAGUAAUAGCAGAAGUCAAGGAAUCAUUUUCAGUCACUCUCAUGAUAGCCAAGACCCUGCAGGAAUUGAAGAAUAUGGUCCAACCAUGUGGAAUGGGGACAGGCAAAAGCAAGGUCCCAAAUCAAGUUUAUUUAGAAGCACCAGAAUAUAUAGUCAAAAUGUGGAUGAUAAGCAGACAAGAAACACUGAGGCCAGAGGUUGCCAUAAAAGGGAGAGAACAGACUCAGGUUCCUGUUAUUUAGAUAGCAACACUCCACUCUAUGAAUAUGUCCAAGAACAAAGGUGUUAUUACAUUGAAUAAUAAUUUGAAGCCAACUAACCCAAGAUAAGAACUAACCCAAAGAAGAAAUGAGAAUUCAACAUGGAAUUAAAAUAUUUACCAUGGUCCUUUCUUUUGGUAGUCGGGGUAUAUAUGUCUUUUAUUUAACUAUAGCAUUGUACUCUAUUCCUCUUGUUUUAUGAGGGUUUUGUUGUUUUUUGUUGUUUUUUUUUUGUAAGACUCCAUAAUCACUAAGCUCUUUGGUUAGAAAACAGUGAAUGGAAGGAGUAAAUAGCACUUGGAACUAUAUUUAGAUUGUAUGACAUAAUGAUUUGAGUGCUUUGGUAUAAAAUAAGCAUUAAAAAAUGUCUGAGACUCAGAGUUUGGCCUUUCCAGAUUUUAUUUUAAUUGACCAUUGACAAACCUAUCCAGGAGCUAAGAAACAUGAUUUUGGAGUCAAAAUUUCUCUAACAAUAUUGUAACAUAUUCAAUGUCCUGAGCAAAGAAUGUUGUAGUAGUUGAUGAGUCAGAAUAUUUGCAUCUUUUCUGUUACCAUGGAACUUUGUACUAAUACUUUUGAAUUUAUUGUCAUGACUCCUGUAUUGCAUAAAAAUUGUGAAUAAACUCUCCAUCAAGGUA